ACAAGUCAAGAUUUUAAGUCUGGGAUAAGUAUGAUCAAGAACUUAAACUUUUCAUCGUCACAUUCACACCUUCAGCAAACUCUAAAUUGUAUACAGUUUUUAUAAAACACAGAACUGGAUGAUUCAAGAAGAAGAAAAGUCAAGUCUAAUCACAAUCAAUGUGCUUAUAACUCAGAGCUCAACUCUUGGUUUAAAUAAUGCAACAAUGGCUGAGGUAGCACUUUAUAUAAUUCAAGAACACAUAAGCAACUUGACAUCAACUAUUGUAAUAGCUGAACAUAGUAUAACUCCUGAAUCAGCCAAAACAAAUGCCCAAUUCUUGGAUUUCCUACUUCAAAACCUUAACGAAAGUAUUUCAGUUCAAUUUCAUUUACGUGGAUUCUCCCACCAACCUUUGGAAUAUUAUGUAUUCAUUGUUGACACUGUAGAAGCUUUUAGGUACAUCUUUCGCUACUUUGUCGACACUCCAAAUGAAAGACACUAUCGUUUCUUAAUCUUUUUAACUAAAAGAACAGAAAUGUAUGCUCAGAAUGUUUACGAAUUUAUAUUUCUUUGCAAUUUCUUUGACGUCAUUGAUGUUGGUGUCAUAAUCGAUAGUCUCGAUAUUGGUGUAUCUUUAUUCUGCUACUAUCCCUUUACGUAUUACGCUCCCUGCCGCAGUAAUAUUGCAAACCUUAUCCAUAGUUUCACAAUACUGCCUGGAACUUUGAAAGAAAUUUUUCCACCAAAGUUAGGCAAUUUUCAUGGAUGUCCUUUGAAAGUAUCGGCCCGUAUUUACCAUCCAUAUUUUAGUUUUGUUGGCAACAAAAGCAAUCCAGAGCCGGUUGGGAAUUGGGAUAAUAUUUCCGGAAUCGAAGGAAAUUUGCUGAAAUUUCUUGCUAUGAUAAUGAAUUUCAGAAUUGAUUUGCAACCAUUUCCAAAGGAACGAUGUUAUAUUCAUAGUAACCAAUCGGAUGGAUGUUUGAAACAGUUAAAAGAUCGGAAAGUUGACAUUGCUGUUGGAGGCUUUGUCGACUCAAAUGAUGGCCGAUUGAAUUUUUCUCCAACUGGUCCAUAUCAUACUUCUCCAUUAAGAUUUAUAGUUCGAGGGAAACAAAAUUUGAGCUCAUUGGGUCGCCUUGCGAUGCCAUUUACUAAGCAAGUCUGGAUUAUUGUGGCAGUGUUUUUUGUCUUUGUCAUAAUUCUUACAUCAGCUCUGAAAUUGAUGCAACCCAAAAUUCAUCAGUUUAUCUUUGGUGAAGAAAAUUACAAUCCAGCGACGAAUUUCUUGGCAGUUUUCCUUGGCUAUUCAGUUGCACGAACUCCUCGUCGUAAUUUCGCCAGAUAUACAUUUUCACUACUACUUUCACUCACUCUUGUUCUCCGUAACGCAUAUCAAGGCUCACUUUAUGAUGCUUUCUGCAUGAAUAGAUUUGCAAAGAUUCCAUCAGGAUUUGAAGAUCUAGUCAAAUGGAACUACACAAUUGUACUUCCUCCAGAGGCCUCCGAAAUAUUGAAUUUUCCUAAUAAGCUUUUAAUUAAAUCUAAAAAUGAUGGAUAUGAACCUAGACUUAAAAUAUUAGACAAAUUGCAAGGAAAAUAUGCAACAGUAGCUGUUCAAGAUGGUUUCAUUAAUUAUGUCCAGAGAAACAUAAGAAGCGGCAGUCAACUACUUAUUAUCAAAGAAGUCAUUUAUAAUUAUCAAUUUGUUAUGUAUUUGCCAAAACAUUCGAUUUACUUGUCGGUUUUUAAUAAGAAAUUGAGAGAAUUAGCUGCUGCAGGAAUGUUGUCAAGACUUAGAUCGAAAUAUACAAAAAUUAAUGAAUUUAUUUUAGCAAAUUUAAUGCAACAACAAAAGAAAGAACCAUUGCAGAAUAAGCGUUUAUAUGCUCUUUAUAGUAUUUGUGGUUUAUUGAUAUUAAUUUCUAUUGUUGUAUUUUGUUUGGAAAUAUUUUCAGUGCAAUAUACAAGAUGGCAAAGAUUUUUUAGUUGA